AUGGCGGAGGCGGGAAAGAAGCCGGCGUGCCUCGGGCUUCCCGGUGAAGACGCAGCACAGUGGCCACUGCAGCGGUACGGCCGUUUCGUACUCUUGGGUGCCGGAGAGUCGCCUGGGCCUGGGCUGGACUCUGGGAUGGCCUCUUCCCCUACAUGGAAGGUUUUUGACUCCAAUGAAGAAUCUGGGCAUCUCAUUCUCACCAUAGUUAUAUCAGGACAUUUCUUCAUUUCCCAAGGACAAACACUUCUGGAAGGGUUUUCACUCAUUGGUAGCAAGAACUGGUUGAAGAUUGUAAGACGCAUGGAUUGUCUGUUGUUUGGAACAACAAUAAAGGACAAGAGUCGCAUGUUCAGGGUGCAGUUUGGCGGCGAGACCAGGCAGCAGGCGCUGGAGCACUGUGACAGCUGUGUGCGGAGCCUGGCCCAGUACGUGACCAUUCAGACGCCCGAGGGAAGCAGCCAGGGCCCAAUGCCGGCAGCAGACAGCCGCACGGAGGGCCGUGUGCAGAGCGUCCCGCUGCUGCUGCCGGGGUCACACCAGGAGCCGGGGCAGCAGCGGUGCAUGCCGGCCAGCACAGGCAUUGCAGGAGGAAGGACCUCAGUGACCCAGUUAGCUCAGUCUCUCCUGGCGUCGGAGGAGCUGCCCCUUGUCUAUGAACAAUCUGCGUGGAAUUCGGAAGAGUUAGGCCCCUUUCUCCGCCUCUGCCUCAUGGAUCAGAGCUUCCCAGCAUUUGUGGAACAGGUGGAAAAGGAACUAAAAAAGCUGACAGGGUUCAGAAAUUAACACUCUAUGUACAUGGAGAACUAAAGAACUGGAAAGCACUGAAAAAUGCC